GAGAGCAUCAACACAAAAUUGUUAAAUGUGGUUAGAAUCAUGGAUGGACUUCAAUAGCAGUACAUUUUGUUACUGCGGCACAUUCUUAGGGGGCAGCUAUGAUAGCAGCACUGCUGACAGUAAGCCAGGCCAGGCACUCUGUCCGUUCCCCUCUAUUCUACCUAAAAUGUACGAAGGAUUGUUCUCUCAGCUGGGUUCCUGGCUGGAGGGGCUUACACUGGUUGCAGUAGCAGGUAUUUUGUCAUGAAUGCUGAUACUAGACAGUCUUUUGUGCUUUUUAUUUCAGGAGUAGGGAAAAUAUGCAGAGCUUUUUGACAGCAUCCAGUUAUUUGUCUUGCUUAUCCAUGCAUGCAUUUGUCUCUUUGUCUGAUAGUUAAUGCUUUAUUUAAUUCUUCUGUUAGGUAUUAAUUGCGCAGUCUAGAGCUUCUGGAAGCCACCGAGAUGUUGAAGAUGAAGAACUUACACGAAUUUUUGUUAUGAUACCGAAGUCCUAUACGGAGGAAGAUUUGCGAGAUAAAUUUAAGAUAUAUGGAGAUAUUGACUACUGCAGCAUUAUUAAGAACAAGAACACAGGAGAAAGUAAAGGUUUGGGCUAUGUGAAGUAUAUAAAACCAUCUCAAGCUGCCCUGGCAAUAGAAGAGUGUGAUCGAAAUUACAGGGCCAUUUUGGCUGAACCUAGAAAAAAGCCAUGUGAAUCCUCUGAACAUGAAAAUUACAUUAGUUAUGGUAGUGCUGAGCAGGAAUCAAGAGGGAAUAUGUUUCCAUUUGGAGGGCAGACAGAAUUUUGCAGUUUUGAAAAAAAUGAGACCAGAAUUCAGAAAUCAGUCUCCAAACGCCUGUCAGUGGCAUCACGACUCCCCUUCAUAAAAGAGCAGCUGUUUACCCUCUUUGAUCUAGUUCCAGGGCUGGAAUACUGUGAUGUGCAGCGAGAUCCUCAUACUAACUAUGGGUAUGCUGUGAUUCAGUACAGCAGUGCAGCAUCAGCUGUAUAUGCUAAAUACAAGCUACAUGGUUUUGAAUACCCACCUGGAAAUCGGCUGGCAGUCGCUUUCCUUGAAGAUGGAAGUGAUGGAUCAGACCUUAUCAGAAAAAUGGCAACACAGUUGGUGACUGCACAAGUGUCCUCAGUGGUGUGGAAUAGUAAUCUAGUUAGUCAGCAGCACAGGACAUCUUCUGCUUAUGGAGAAAGUUCUGGCUCUCAGUUACUUCAGCCCCAAACAGAUGCUCUGCUUCCAUCACACAAAAAAAAAGCUCCACCUGAUACUUCUGUGAAGGAAAGGCUUUUUAUAGUGUUUAAUCCCCACCCUUUACCUGUACAUGUAUUUGAGGAUGUGUUUUGUCGGUUUGGACACCUUAUUGAGGUUUACCGUGUGCCAGGAAAAAAUGUAGGCUAUGCCAAGUUUUCAGACAGAACAAGCGCCAACAAUGCUAUAACUGCAUUACAUGGCAAGGUUGUGAAUGGCGUCAGACUUAAAGUAAGACUGGCAGAUUCACCUACAGAAGAGUCCAACAAACGUCAGAGAACUUAUUGACACAGUGGAGCAGAGAUUAAAUAAUGACCUGACCUCCAACUGACUGACUGAAAAUGUGACUAGAUGACUUGACACGAUUCCUGUGGACACUGACAGCUUUUUAUACUGUUGUUAAUUGUUGUUUGUAUAAAACAUUUUCUGUUUCAAAAUUGAAAUGGAGACAUGGUAUAAAUUUAAAUUAGUCAACCUUUUAGCUGUAAACUCAUAAGUUUUUUGUAUUAGAGAAAUAAAUAAAAAGUUUGUUUCACUAAAUCAUGCCUCUAAUAUGGAAAUA